CGAGCACAGUUUACUUCGUCCUCUAUUUGCAUGAAACAUUACAUGUGAUCCAAUCCACGCCAUGCCAGAAAAUACUAAACGCAAGCUACUACAUGAUAACGAGCUCGUGGAAGACUCCGAACCCGAAAGGGAGGAAAAAAGGCAACAGAUGAGGAAGCAAACAAGGAAGAAGAAACGUUUGCGCCUGGACCCAUCAUGGGUUGAUAUAGAGCAAGAUGUUAUUGAGCUAACUGAUACCGAACUUGAUCCUUCCGGUCCAUCAGCUACUGUAGGUGGUCAGAGCCAGAUCGACGAACUUAGUGGCGCUUCCAGCUGUAGUCCACUGACAGAGCUGGCUUCUUCCAAGGAACUUGAAAAUGCGGACCAUUUUGUGAUUGAUACACCUCGACCUUCGCUUGUUGCUGUAAUCGCUCCUGAACAACAUAUUAAUCGCGUCAAUGUACCCAAUACAACGAACGGGCCCUAUACCACCCAGAAUAUGUCCGGUAUGAACCGCACUUCUACAUACCCCACCCCGCCUCCUAUUGCGACCCUGGAAGUGCCGCUGUCCAGCGACUCCGAGGGCGAUUCCCGCCUGACACUGUCUCGCUUUGCUUUCCGAGCGCCCCUAUCCAAACCUAAGAUCACCGACCUCGGAGGUUUGUCGUGCUGGGGUAGUACUGUCGUAGCAGACAAACUUCCAGAAUCAACCUCUGCUCCGAAAGCCAGACUGAAGCGCCCCAGUAUCCAUCGCUUCUCCAACGACUUCUCAGAUGCGCAACUUGCAUCUCUCACAACCUGCGUUAGCUGCAACUUGAAGUGGACCUCGACAAAGACUGCGAGCCAAAAAGUGAUCCAUAUCCAAAACUGCGCAAAAAAGAAGUUCCUUUCCGAUGAAACAGUUCGCAUGCUUAUAUACAAAGAGACUCAAUCAUCCUCGGACCAGAACGUUUCUCAACGGAGUGACCAAAAGGCUACAGAAGUCGGUCAAAAGUCGGCCACUUUCCUGGAAACGGUUGUCAAUGAAGGCUCCCGGACGAAGAAAGGCAGACGCCCUCAAAUCUUGGGGACCGUCAAGUCUCUCCCUGAAACACGCGGUAGUAUACUAGGAAGGGCGCGGGCCGUCCUUGAUACUUCUAUGCAGCACGGAGGCCCCGUCGUAGACGCUCAGGUGUCUAAUUCCAUCCAUGGAGGUAGAAGCGAUGUUCCCUGCACUCAAGCUUUUGGAACUAGCAUGCUUGCUCGUCGAGUAAACUCGUAUCCUCGUGCACAGUCGGGACCAGCGCUGACCCAGGCUUUCGGUGAAAGCGCCCUCGGCCACUUGCAAUCUAACUUGUGCCUCGUUGCGCGACAUGCUCAAACUUCUGGUUUCUAGCGCACUAUCGGGUCGAGUUCACCCCAAUUUGUCCUUUCAGAUGCAGAUUCCACUUCAAACUACUCUUAUACGCAUUUAAUUCCGACGAACAUCCAUGAUUGUUAUUAAAUAUCCGGCAGACUUGCAUCGCAGUCCAUCUAUGCCAAUCAGCAGCUUCUGCCUCAUAUCAGAACGUCCAUACCAGGUCAUUCCCUGUCAUCUCUCACCAUGACAACGAGCCGAGCCGGGAUUGAUCAAUUUGUGAUCAAUGAGCGCUUGAACGAUGAACGAUUUUAUGAACUGAUGGCAUUGAUGAUUGCAAAUAUUUUAAUAUCCAUUGAUUCUCGCUGUAGUUUGUAAUGGUCUGAACGUGUCUUUCCUGCCUCUAUUCAUUUCCGUGAUGCUAUUUUGUAGCACAACAAUUCUGACUAUAAUGUUGUACUAUCGCCUUACAUUUUGCCCUCAAUA